GCAGCCAUCCUGGCCCAGGCCGCAGGAGGCUCGAGCCCAGGCCCGGUGUGGCUCUCCGCGCGGGCGCCCGGUGCGUGCAUGAGCCGCUCUGGCCCCCGCCUGGCGGGAUGGCGUGCCAGGGCUGCGGGCGGGUCUCGGAGACGCGCCUGUGCUGCCCUACCUGCGUGGAGCUGGGCCGCACCUCGUUCUUCUGCGGGCAGGAGUGCUUCACGAAGAACUGGAAGACCCAUGCGGCCCUUCACGACCUGCUCCGCAAGCAGCGCGCUCUCGCGGAGGGCGGCGGCGGCGUGAGCUCAGCGGCGCCCUCCGCCCCGAGCGGCCCGGCGCCGGAGCAGCCAGCGCGGCGGGAGUUCGAGCCGCUGCCUGGCGGCGUGGCGCUGAGGGACGACCUGGCGCCCCCGAGGCCCCGCGCGGGGGCGGCGGCGCCCUCGAGGCCGCGGCCGCAGGUGCGGGCAAGAUGAAC